AGCCCCGCCCACUUCUUUCUAUUGUCCAAUCGGAGUACUCCUGUGUUUUUUCUGGUCCUGCACAGUCCCUCUGCCUCCAUUUUCUGUGCUGAAAUCGAGCAGGAGCAGAAAGACUUUGUGCCAACUUGAAACUGCAUUACAGAAUCCCUGAUAAAAUGCCGUAUUGCAUCGUGAAAGGGUGUCCUCACCGAACUGGGCAAAAACUGAAAUAUCCUGAUGUGGUUCUACAUCCAUUCCCACGUGAUAUUCAUCUAAUUAAAAAAUGGUUAAUGCAAACCGGCCAACAUAACCAAGGUAUUGAUACCUUAUCCGAAAGGAUUUUUCAAGGUACCAAAAACAAUGCUUUCAGGAUGUGUUCUACACAUUUCACACCUGACUCUUACAUGAUGAGGGGUUCUAGAAGACUUCUAUCACCAAAAGCGGUUCCCACCGUUUUUGCAAGUAUACCAACUCCAGCUAUUAUUAAUGUUCCAUUGGAAACAACUCUGCCUUCCCAAAAAAGGAGAAGAGUCGAUGACGAGGAAGCAUCCACCUCCACACGACUGGUCAGAAUUGUGUCACAUCUUAUCACUGUAGCAACACAAACUGAAUCUUAUACCAAGACUUGCUCAACAAUGACAUCAAGAAGGGUGUUUUCUCGCCAAGCAACAAUGCAAACAACUGGAAAUGGAGGAAAAGUAGUUUCUACACAAACGGAAGAUAUAUAUCAAGCUGAUGUUAUGCAAGUUAGAAAGGAUCAUACAGUUUGUUUUUAUUCUGAUUUAUUAUCUGCAUCUCCCAUUUCACCUGCCUUACAAUCUCUGGAGAACCCAGAAACACCAUUGAAAGGUCGGGGUUCACUCAUUAAACACCCAUCCUCAAUAUUUUCAUCACCUACAGUAGCAGAACCUAGAGAUACUACUUUUGAAAUAUCGGAACCAUCAUCUUCUGAAAAUUCAAAAGAAGAACAAGAAACUACGGAAAGUGGGCAAUCCAAGUAUUUGAGAGCGAGAAAAUUUAUAAUCUUUGAGGACAAUUUAGAUGCCCUACUACAUCUUGUCAGAUGCCAGCAUGCAGUUAAACCACCAUGUCAGGCACCUAUAGUAGAAAUUAAAAAAAGUACUGACGGAAGCUUACUCAAGGUUCAGUUGUGUUGUAUAAAUGGACAUACUUCUUUGAAAUGGUUUUCACAGCCCGUGGUGGAUGAAACAUCUAUUGGAAAUGUAGCUCUGGCUAAUGCGAUCAUUCUCAGUGGUUCAACAUAUAGAAAAGUGAGAGAUAUGUUCACCAUUCUCAAUGUACCCUUUUAUUCCCACACCAGCUUUUACUGCUAUCAACGAAAAUUUGUUUAUCCAGCAAUAGAUAUACAGUGGAAAAAAGAACAGGCUGCUAUAAAGGAAUCCUUAUCAGGACAAUCCGUCACCUUAGCAGGCGACGGACAAUAUGAUAGUCCUAGACAUGCAGCCAAAUACUGUACUUAUUCAAUGAUGGACCUCAUGUCCAAAAAAAUUGUCCAUUUUGAAAUUGACCAGGUCGGUCCUGGCAAAAAUGCAAACAAACUGGAACCAUUAAACUUUGAGAAAGCAUUGAACUGGUUGAUCCAUGAAAACUUCGAUGUUAAAAUAGUUGCUACAGACAGGCACAGCGUGAUCAAAAAUAUCAUGUCAAGUAAAUUUGAAAAUAUAGACCACCAAUUUGAUGUGUGGCAUCUAUGCAAGAGCAUACAUAAGAAAUUAUUGGCAGCAAGCAAAAAAAGGAAUUGCAGUGACAUUGCAUCCUGGAUCACUCCCAUUACAAAUCAUCUGUGGUGGUCGUCUCAAACCUGCAAGCAAAAUGUAAAUGUUCUGAUCGACAAAUGGAAAUCAUUACUAUUCCAUAUUGCCAACAAGCACACUUUUAAAUCCCUACAAUACUAUCAAAAAUGCCAGCAUCAACGGCUGACUGCUGCACAAAAAAAACAUACUAGAUGGAUUGGUUCAAAUCAUCCUGCUUACAACAGUCUCAAACUUAUUGUUAAUGACACUUUACGUGAUAUUCGUAAAAUUGAGAAAUUCUGUCAUACCAGUGACUUAGAAAAUUUCCACAGUAAAGUACUGAAAUACAAGCCCAAAAGGUUAAGUUUCAAAAUGGAUGGGAUGAUUGCAAGAACAGCACUAGGGGCUUUGUCACACAACAGAAAUGUCCACAGACAACAGGCUGUUGUCACAUCUGCCAAAAAAUCAACAUUGCCUGUAGGAAAAAAAAGAUUUAAAAUUGUUUUUCCAAAGCAAAAAGAACAAUGGGUAGCCAAACCAAUGUAUGAGGAAGUAUUGGAUGAACACCUUUUUGAGAUAAUGUCAGACUCAAUAAAAAUUUUGACUGGUGAGAUCAGCCAUGAAUGGCUUUCUAUGUCACAAAGGAUGCCCAAAAAUAUUGCCACUUAUGAAAGACCAGAAAAAACUGAAGUCAUUGACCAACAUUCGUCAUGCUUUGCAAGACCCUGACAUAUGUCAAACUUAAUAAAAAAUAGCACAGAACUAGCAAAGUGCACAGAAAUGUACUGUAUUACUUUCUUUGUAAUGUAAAUAAGAAAUAAAGUCAUGAAACAAAGAUUUUUAACAAUUUUUUUUUUAUAUAACCAUCAUGUGUUGGUUAUUACACAGUAGUCCGAUACAUUCAAACAACUGAAAAAACAUUUUUUGCCAAAGUAAACUAUUUUGUUUCAAAAUAAAACUAUUGACAAAUGUUGAAA